AUGAAGGAUCUAGGUGACUUAAAAUUCUUUCUUGGCAUUGAAUUUGCCAGAUCAAAAGAUGGAAUUGUUAUGAGCCAACGCAAGUAUGCAUUAGAACUUAUUUCUGAGAUGGGAUUGAAUGGUGCUAAGCCAGUUCAAGCUCCCUUAGAUUUUAAUCUCAGACUGACAUCCAUUGGUUAUGACACUAAUGUCAAGGAAGUAGGUGAAGAACAAAAUGAUAGACCACUAACAGAUGUUGCUAAAUAUCAAAGGUUGGUUAGAAGGUUGUUGUAUCUCACAAUGACCAGGAUGGACAUUGCAUUUGCGGUACAAGCAUUGAGUCAAUUCAUGCAUAAACCAAAAGAGUCACACAUGGAAACAGCCUUGAGGGUGGUAAGGUAUAUCAAGUCAGCACUUGGUUUAGGAUUGAUGAUACCUGCACAAAGUUCAGAAUUGCUAACCACUUAUUGUGACUCAGAUUGGGGCACUUUUUUGGAGACUAAAAGAUCAAUAACGGGCUAUUUGGUGAAGUUUGGCAAUGCCUUGGCGUCUUGGAAAUCCAAGAAGCAUGAACAGUAG